UAUCUUGGCCGGUCCAGUUGUUUGAACUGGCCACUGAAUGAACCAAACUUUGUCAACUUCUUUUCCCAUUUACAGACCAGCACUUAUUCAGACUCCAAAGUGUUCAUUUCCCCAGCACAGGGACACUGCUUGUAGUAGUGGAGGUAGAGGUUCUAUUUUAUGGAAGAAUCUCAGACAUCCUAGACUUAGACUUCUGUAGAGGUCUUUUGCUUCUUACACAAAGAAGCCCUGUUCUGAAGUGCCUCAUUGAGAGGAGAGCUCCCCAUCUCAGCCUGUAGAGCUCAUCUGGAACUAGGAGGAGCUGCUGGCAAGGUGCCCAUUGCUGUGUAGGUUCCUGCGUGCAGGAUCUUGGUGAGCAGAACAGCAGCCAUGCCGCCUGCCAUGGGAGGACCCCAGGGGUACACCCCUCCAGAGGGGGGCUGGGGCUGGGCAGUAGUGGUGGGAGCCUUCAUCUCCAUCGGCUUCUCCUAUGCCUUUCCCAAGUCCAUAACCGUCUUCUUCAAGGAGAUUGAGGUCAUUUUCGACUGCACCAGCAGCCAGGUGUCAUGGAUCUCCUCCAUCAUGCUGGCAGUGAUGUAUGCCGGAGGUCCUAUCAGCAGUAUCCUGGUUAAUAAGUAUGGGAGUCGUCCCGUCAUGAUGUGUGGAGGAUUCCUGUCCGGCUGUGGACUGAUUGCUGCCUCCUUCUGCAACUCAGUGGAAGGACUUUACUUCUGUGUGGGAGUGGUCGGAGGUUUGGGACUGGCAUUCAAUCUGAACCCAGCCCUUACUAUGAUUGGGAAGUACUUCUACCAUAAGCGGCCCAUCGCCAAUGGAAUCGCCAUGGCAGGCAGCCCAGUGUUCCUAUCCACCCUGGCCCCUCUCAACAGCUGGUUCUUUGACCAGUUUGGUUGGAGGGGCAGCUUCCUGAUACUGGGAGGCCUGCUGUUCAACUGCUGCGUCGCUGGUUCUCUCAUGAGACCCAUCGGACCAAAACCACAGCCUGCAGUUAAAAGUGAAGAUGCUGCCAAGGAGAGUACGACGUGUGGGCAGAAGUGUAACAGUUUUAUCGACCUCUCGCUGUUCAAACACCGGGGCUUCGUGCUCUACCUCAUGGGUAACGUCAUCAUGUUCUUUGGUCUCUUCUCCCCACUAGUGUUCCUUAGUAACUUUGCCAAGAGCAGGGACAUCCCCAAAGAGAAGGCAGCCUUCCUGCUGUCUGUUCUGGCCUUUGUGGACAUGGUGGCCCGGCCAUCCAUGGGCAUUGUGGCCAAUACAAAGUGGAUACGACCCAGGGUGCAGUACUUCUUUGCCUGCUCUGUGCUGUUGAACGGUGUGUGCCACGUCCUGGCGCCCAUCUCCGUGGACUACACAGGCUUCGUUAUCUAUGCCAUCUUCUUUGGCUUUGCCUUUGGCUGGCUGAGUGCAGUGCUGUUUGAGACUCUCAUGGACCUGGUGGGAACGCAGCGCUUCUCCAGUGCAGUGGGACUGGUCACCAUUGUGGAGUGUGGGCCUGUCUUGUUAGGUCCCCCUAUGUUAGGGAAAUUCAAAGACAUCUACAAUGACUACCAAUACACCUACCAGAGCUGUGGGGUGAUCCUUAUCAUUGCCAGUGUGUUCCUGUUCGUGGGGAUGGGUACCAACUACCGGUUGUUGGACAAAGAGAAAAAGGAGGAGGAAAGGAGAGCUAAACUGGAGGGAAAAGAAGAAGAGACCAACAAGGACAAUGCUUCCAAAGAAGCCACCAAUGACAGGGUGAGAGCAGUUGACGAGACAAAAACGGCAGAAGACAUAAUCUAACUUUCCUUGACAUCAAAUUCACGCAUUCACAUGGUACCUCAAUACAGUCAAUGAGAUAAUGUAGACAUCAAAUUCAUUUAGUUUAAGUCUUUGGCAGAUAGCAAUGUUCAUGUAAACAUAUUUCUUCACCAGUUCCACUUCUGUCAUUGAAUAAUGUAUUAUCAGGAUAAUAUGACUGUGUCAAGAUACAUGUAUGUAUGCAACUUUUUACUGAAAUGUACAACUGCCCUACCAAAAAAUACUAUAUUUUACUGGAGUCCAAAUAGUAAAUUUUCUGCAUAAGUGUUGUGAUAUAUUUUAGAAUAUUAUUAUAUACAGGUAAUUCCUAUGUGUAUAGUGUAUUUGGAAUUUCAGAAGUCCACCUCAAAUAACUACAAUGUACAGUAUUAUUCUGUGAAAGCACUAGUGCUUUUAGAAGGUUUAAUGAAUCACUGUAACAUUUUGUUCACACUGUCAUGAUGAUUGGUAGGUUUCUUUAAUCUCCGAAAGCAUUGUUACAUGAAUAAUCAGGCAUAGUCUCUUGAUAUUCACAGUUCUUCAAUUCAUCUUCAAAACAAUUAUAUUCCCGUGUUGACUGCACAGCUAAAAAGCUAGAGAGACCGAUAACAACACCAAAGAUAAUCCAGUUUGAAGACCUGCAGAAACUGCUUCUGCAAUAUGAUUCCCCGAUCACACUUUUGGAGUUGUCACUAUUUACAAAAAUUGGCUAUAUCCAGGGGCGCAACUUUGAUUUUAGAAGUGGGGGGGGGGGGGACAUAACUAUAGUUAGUUUUUUAAUCCAAUUUUGAAACACUCCAAACAGCCUACUCCAAACAGCCUACCCUUCCACAUGGUCCUAAACCACACCGUUGCCUCAUUUUGUAAUCAUAUUCAAAUGAUAAAAUUAGGGAGGGACAAAAAUGCAAUUUCUAAAUGUGGGGGGGGACAUGUCCCCCCCGUCCCCAGUGAAAGUUGCGGCCCUGGCUAUAUCGUUAAAAUUAUGUAAACAAAAAUGGGCUUUUUGGUAUUCAUUUAAGUUUAGGCAUAAGAUUAGCAUUUUGGUUAAGGUUUGGGUUAAGGUUAGGUUUAUAAUCAGAUUUAAAAAAUAGGAAUUGCAGAAAAAGGCUGGGUUUAGCCAUAUGUAUCACUAUAUGCCUCUGGUAACUAGUGAUGACCACAUUUUUAGCUAGCUAAACUCAUGAGUAGAAACACAUCAUCGGGUCUAACGGUUGUCUUGCGCCAAAAUGGGAAUGUGUAGGCCCUAAAAUCAAUGGCACUAAUUCAAUAUAAAUGAUUUCCGCGAUUUCCGAGCUUCCAGUUGUUUUGAAUGCAGUAUCUGUGACAACACCAAAGACAAUACAACACUCUUGAACUAUGAAGAGUGCAAUUGGGGGCGUUCCUGCAUGUGGGCAUUUCUGCAUCUGUAGGAACCCCUCUUUAUGUGUAAAUUUGUCUCUUUUUUUGCUAGGACUCUGGUCCGCAGGCAGGAGGCGGGGGCACUCCAGUACAGUAUGUGUUAGUUAUGCAUGCCGAAGAGGCAGGGGGACAAUGGCAACUAGUUAGCUAGUAAUGUUAGACAGUGUCCUUCGCCCCAAGCCUGUUGGGCAUUCAUUUCCCGCUGUUCUGUUAACAAGAUCAAGGGCAGUUGUUCGGCAGGCAUUUAGGACCCUGGGUAAUAGCUAGCCAGUUAGUAGGCUAGGACUCUGGUACACAGUAGGUGGGAUAGGUAGCUAGCUAGCACACCGGUACACAGUGUACUUUCCCCUGCAUGUCGGGCACUUUUGUCCGAAGUACUGAUAACGACAGCAAGGGCAGGUUUUCGGCAGGUGUUUAGGACAAUGGGUGCUAACUAGUUAGCUAGCUAGGAUUCCAGCAGGUGUUCGGCAUGCCGGAGCAAAACACACCGUGUGAUAGCUAGCUAGUUAGCUAGGACUCCGGUACACAGCAGCAGAAGAAAGGUUGCUAGUUAACGAUAGCUAGGACACAGGUAGACAGUGUACUUCGCCCAUGCCUGUCAUGCACUAGUGUCCCGCAGUUUUGGUAAUAAUGGCGAGGGCAGGUGGGAAUGAAGGACACUGUGUGCUAGCUUGUUAGCUUACUAGCUAGGACGCCGGAACACAGCUAGCGGGGACGACUCCUGCAGAUAGCUGUCGGGUGCGGUUCCUGCGGAUGAUUGGAAUAUCCAGCUACUACAUUUCUUGCCUUAACCCAUUAGCUAUUUAUCUCCAUUAGGUGGCAGUAUUUACUCUUACGUUAAUGACUCUUGAGCUCCUGAAAGUUUAUCCUCAUCCCGGAGGAAAUUGUUUGCACGUUAUAUUGGAAAAUGACACUGUAUAUCACUGUUACUGAUUGAUUUAAUUUUAAGUAACUUUAAAAAUAUUCCAGACACAACUACCUUGAGGUUGCACUAAUGUCGCCUACUUGAUGAGACUAAAGUCAUAAUUGUGAAUGCAGAAAUCAAGGGUUUGAUCCAAUGAAAGUUGAUAGGCAUUGAUUGUCAUGUGAUGGUACCCUGAUCCAUGAGGGAACAGACAAUCUUUGGUCAUUUUCAUAAUUUUCAUAUGUCCAAGGGCACUUGGAGGGUCUUGAAGGGAUCCAGCUUUUUGUCAGAAUUGACUUUUCAUAUCAGGUCUCGGAGAAAUUACGCAGCAGGUUAGGAGAAUUAGGUGAAGAUUAGGAAAAGGGUUAGGGUUAUCUAAAAUGCGCAAAAGAAGUGUCUACUUUUAACGUACAUUUUCAAAAGCUGGGUCCAAUCUAGACAUUACCGACUUGAAGGGAGGCACUUUGACGUCAACACACGAAGACACUUUUAGUCAUGUGUGUCAUACAUGGAUGAUGACCAUGAUGUGAAUAGUUUUGUGAAAUUUCAAUGAAUGUAUUUUUUUCUUUCCACAAAAAAUAAAACUGAAAUGGGAUGUUGUGUUCAUUAAGAGUUAUUUACUUUGGCCUAAGUAUAAAAUAAAAUAUCCCCACAGCUA